UGUUAUUUUCCAGGUUCCUUUAAAACCAGGAAGGAGUCUUAUGGAUUGGAUUCGAUUAACUAAAAGUGGAAAGGACCUGACUGGUUUAAAAGGGAGGCUGGUCGAAGUGAGCGAAGAUGAGCUUGCUAAGCACAACAAGAAGGAAGACUGCUGGAUAUGUAUAAGAGGACUCGUAUAUAAUGUCACACCGUACAUGGAAUAUCAUCCCGGUGGUGAGGAUGAACUAAUGAAAGCAGCUGGAUCUGAUGGUACAGAUCUUUUUGACCAGGUUCAUCGUUGGGUCAAUUAUGAAUCGAUGCUGAAGGAAUGUCUUGUUGGGAGAAUGGCUUUCAAGCCUAUUGCUGCUCCAAAAGACAUUUCUUCUGCUCUACCUGAAGAGAAAAAACAGCUGAAUGGUAUGCUCUCUGAGAGGAAAGUACUGGGUGCUUCUGCUAGAGAUAAAACUCCAAGUUAUGACUGGUUUCAAACAGAUGAUUUGAUCACUGUUGUCAUAUAUACUAAGCAGAAGGGUCUGAAUGCAGAGUUGGUGAUAGUGGACUGUCAACACAAAAGAUUAAGGGGAGAGAUCAUACUGGAUGACCAUUCGUAUCUUGUAGAAGUUGACUUGGAUCAUGAAGUUCAAGAUGACUUUGUUGUAAAUAUUGCUGAAAAAGUUGGGAAGGUAGAGAUUAUUUUAAAGAAAAAGGAUCAUAUUCAAUGGAAAGUGCUGGGAUUGCCUUUGGAGAGUCAUAAUACACUUAUCAGGCGCACGGAAAGAGGAUUGUUCUACAGGAAAUGCAAGUUGGUUUCUAAGACAGAAGUUACCCAUGACACCAAGCUCUUCUGCUUUAUGCUGCCUAAGAGCACUCAUCUCCAGGUUCCCAUUGGACAACACGUUUACCUCAAACAAAUCAUUGCAGGGACAGAAGUAGUAAAACCGUAUACACCUUUAUUGCCUUUUUUGCCACUGGAUUUCAAAGAACCGUUUUGCCAGGAUGGUGUGCAUAUAUAUUUAAUGAUCAAAAUUUAUUCCUGUGGAUUGUUUACACAGGCACUUGACCACCUACAAAUAGGUGAUGAUAUUUCUGUCAGCAAUCCUGAAGGUAACUUCAAGAAGUCACAAGUUGAAGCUCUAGAAGACCUCUUUUUAUUGGCAGCAGGCACGGGCUUCACACCAAUGGUUAAGCUGCUGAAUUUUGCUCUGACUAAGGUUGACUGUCUCCGGACAGUGAAGCUGAUCUUCUUCAACAAAAAAGACGAUGACAUACUUUGGAGAAACCAGCUAGAGCAAUUAGCUCUUAAAGAUGAAAGGUUUGAGGUUCAAUUCAUUCUUUCAGAGCCAGCAGAAGACUGGGUGGGUAAACGGGGGAAGAUUUCUUCAGCUCUUCUCUCUGAGUGUAUGAAAAGAAGUAAAAAAGACUCCAAGGUGCUUAUCUGCAUCUGCGGUCCAACGCCUUUUACACAACAGGGACUACAAUAUCUGAAGGAUCUUGGAUACUCUCAAGAAGAGAUGCACGCUUUUACUGCAUAAAACUGUAUGAAGAUAUCAGUCUGUUCAAUACAAUCUUAUUUAUUGACCUUCAUGAAUUUAAAUAAGUGAGAAGCGAUUUUGUAAGACUUGAAAUUUCACACUUGGUACCAAACUAUUUCUUGAAAGACAUACAUCUUUGGAAGAAAAAAUUUUAUACUGUGUUUUAUCUUGUUUUUGUAAAUAUUUUUUUCUAAUACUUAAGUCAUUGUGUGUAUUAAUUUAUUGUAGAGGGAAGCAGAAGUGUAUGAUAUGUGUUAUGUAAGGUAUCUCUUGUUUUGGUUCAUGAAAGUUAUUUUUGUUGCAAGCACUGAUUUAGGUUUUGAACUGAAAGUCUUAUUUCUUAUUGUAAUAUCUCUGAAGAGCAAUACUGUCUGAAUUUAAACCUUGUACUGUAACUCAGGUAACUAGUCUCUGAAAAAUGUUCUUUUUCAUCUGAAGUCUCUGUUUGACUUGCAAGCAAUCCAGUUAUGUCUUUCGGCUUUGUAAAGAAAGAAUAAAAGUACCUUUGGUAAAAUAUAAAAAAUUACCUUGGAUAAUAAUAAUAAAAGAUUUUAUAUUA